AUGGAUAAUAUUGAGAGAAAUACAGGUGAGGCCACCGGUGAAUUGAGACAAGCAAGAAUAUAUCAGGAUAGAACAAACGCCUGGAAAAGAAUCAUAUUUUAUAUUUUUUUCUUUUUAGCCGUUAUAAUUUUCAUAGCAAUUGGAGGUAGUUCAUUUAUGAAGUUAUUUGGAGGAGAUGAUAAAAACUAA